CCCUUUCACCCCCGAGAGACCUCCCGCCACAACAAUGGAGUCCGCUGCAGCAAACGCCUCGGCGACGGCUGCGCCUACCAGCAGUAUCCCGAGCGGCGCAAACCCGUUCGCCAGCAUCCAUGUUGAUCUCAGGUCCACAUUCGGGAUGGUCUUCAUCGGGGUGUUCUUUGGCGCCAUUUUCCUUGGGAUUACUACCAUGCAAACGAUAUUCUAUUACGCGACUUACCCGAAGGACAAGUGGUUCAUGAAACUCUUGGUCGCCGUCUUGUGGGCAUUGGACACUCUGUCUCUCGUGCUGACCACGAUUUCGAUCUAUACGUACCUGGUCAUUGAUUUCAUGGAUCCCCUUGCACUUCUUUAUGUCCACUGGGGUAUGGGAUGUGAGCCAAUCGUGACGGGCCUGGUAGCAUUCGUUGUCCAUGAAUUCCUGAUUUUCCGCAUCUGGACCCUGAACAAGAACUGGACACUCUACGUCGCGGGCCUCGCUGUGUUCUCCUUGCUCCCUCUGGCGUUGUCAGUCGUUGCUGGAACGAAGACGGUUGUGGGGGGGCGUCACAUGUGGUCUGAUCUUCUCACCCUCGGGUGGGCAGCAACGGCGGGAGACGUGACUACGUCGGUCCUCGAUCUUGUCGUCGCCGGGACAAUCUGCUACCAGCUGUACC